AUGUGGAAGGCCUGGGAGUGUCGGAACAAAAGCCAUUUACGACGAGGAAGGGAUUUCCGUAGCCGAGCUUCCCAUUUGGAGCAAUUCUUUUCUCCAUCUUUUCACGAAUCUCUCCUCCCUAAUGCUCAAGACUUGCAGCCCGCUCACCCUUCUUCAUGGCUUCUUCCUAGUUGUGGUACCAUUAAAAUCAAUUUUGAUGUGGCCUUUCCUUGUGGCAGCGAUCAUUACCGAGUUGCUAUGGUGGCACGUGGAUCAGAUAGUGUAUGUCGUUGGUGGAGUAUUGGUUCAUUUUCGGGCAAGACAAAACCGGUGGAUGUAGAUGCCCAUGCGGCACUGUAUGCGAUGCGUAUUGCUCGUAGUAAAGGAUGGGACUCGAUCAUCUUGGAAGGACACUCUCUUCAAGAGAUUAAUCCUAUGCGUCUGAGAGAUGACUUUGUCCCUUCUUUUGGCGCUUAUAUUGAAGGCUGCAUAAACAUGAUGUCGUUUUUCUCUCGUUGUACUUUUUCCUUUAUCAGACGGCAAGGCAAUAGCCUGGCUCAUUCUUUAGCGACAAUGGCUUGUAUGGAACAUGCAGAUGGGAUUUCACUUCCUUCUUUUUUGGCCUCUGGUGCCUAA